AUGAAUUUUUGUAGAGUUAUUUUAUCAUCAUCUAAACAAAAUUCUAUUAAUUCAUUUUGGUCAAAAAACUAUAUAUUUUCAAGGUCAAUUUCUUCCGAGAAAUUACGAAAAUCAACAAAUCUAAAUUUGGAUGAAUGGGAGGCAAUAAUUGGUCUGGAAAUACAUGCACAAAUUAAUUCGAAAACAAAACUUUUUUCCUCAUCUUCUACACUAUUCAAUGAACCUGUUAACACCAAUAUUUCAUUGAUCGAUGCUGCAUUUCCAGGAACAAUCCCGAGAUUGAAUUCCAAGUGUGUUGAUCAUGCAAUAGCUACAUCUUUAUCAUUAUCAGGAAAUGUUCAAUUGGUUUCUUUUUUUGAUAGAAAACAUUAUUUUUAUCCUGAUUUGCCUGCUGGUUAUCAAAUCACUCAGCAUUAUGCACCUAUCUCUAUUGGUGGAAAAAUUUGUUUGUCAAAAUUGGAUGGUCUUGAGUAUGAUGCUCAAAUAAGAAUCAAACAAAUACAAUUAGAACAGGAUACUGGAAAAAGUACCCAUGAUGUUAUGCCAAAUAUGACAUUGGUUGAUUUAAAUAGAGCUGGAGUAGGACUAAUGGAAAUAGUAACAGAACCAGAUAUAAGAACAUCAAAAGAAGCAGGAUUGGCAUUAAGAAAAUUACAACUGUUGCUUAGAACAAUUGGAUCUUCUGAUGGGAAUAUGGAAGAGGGAUCCUUAAGAUGUGAUGUUAAUGUUUCUGUUCAUAAACAUGGAACACCAUUUGGCACAAGGUGUGAAAUUAAAAAUUUGAACAGUGUAAAGUUUUUAAUGUUAGCAAUAGAUGCAGAAAUAUAUAGACAAAUCCAAGAAUUAAUCAAAGGAAAUUCAAUUAUUCAGGAAACAAGAGGCUAUGAUGUUCCAGCUAAUAAAACUUUUAAAUUAAGAACCAAAGAAACUUUAACUGACUAUAGAUACAUGCCAGAGUCUGAUUUACCACCAUUACUAUUAACAAAAGUAUCAAAGAAUCGUAAUUCACAGCAUGUCAUAAAUUUUAUUAUACAUGAAUUGUUUGGAGUUUUAAACCUUAAAGGAUUAAAGUUUUAUCAGAAUCCUGUUUUAAUUGAGCAACUUGGCUCUUUAAUUGAUUGUGUUAACAAUAACGAAAUAUCCGGUAAGAUUGCUAGAAAAGUUUUAAUGAUGAUGGUUGAUGGUGAUACACGUCUACCAAAAGAUAUCAUCAUUGAAAAAAAUUGGCAACAAUUAAGUGAUAUUGAUGAACUAGAGAAAUUAUGUAAAUCAGUUUUAAAGGAAAAUCCAAAUUUGGUGAUGGAAAUAAAAGUAAAAGAAAAAGAAAAUCUAAUCCAAUAUUUUAUUGAAUCAUCUGCAGUAACAAAGGGUGUUUUCCCAACUGCUGAUGGAGUUGUAUCAUUUGUAUUACACAUCAGUAAUGUGAAGCUUGCUUGGCUGAUGAAUAUUGAAGCUAAGUAUGAACUUGUAUCUACAAAUGAUACUCAUUUCCAAGCUUACAUUUAUAUAAUUAGACAUUCUCUAGAAUUAAUUGAUGAGGCAAAGGAGUUGGAAAGCUGUAAUUUGCUCACUUUAUUAAUUCCUUAG